CAGCUAUCUGGAUAUUUUCGAGUUGGCCACCCAACGCAAAUGCCCGCUUCAACUGGCUUCAGACGGCCUCGAGCCUGCUAAAAUCGUACCGUGCCAGACUUCGAUAGAGACAAGACAGGAAUUCAUUCACAUGUUCGGUAGAUCAUAAGCUCCAGCACUUGAGUAAGCACACCGAGUCACCGAGUAUUUCCUCGUGAGCGCAAAUAGAUGAUGUAACACACGCCGGCAAACUCGGUUGCACGGCUCCCCGCGGCCUCGGCAUAGCUUUUUCCUCGAAGCUACCCCGCCACCAACCCCCACCGUCGUCGUCAAAGCUUCAUUUCCUAUGGUUAUCUGCUCCACCACCAGCCCAACCAUGACGCGCCCACUGCCCCUCGUUCGAACGCUCUCGUACCCCGCGCCGUCCCGUCUGUCGCGCCCACGACGACACCUACGAUCGUUCACAUCGCUGCCACGGUUCUCUGGCACCUCAGUCCGCAUCGUCGAAGUCGGCGCGCGCGACGGGCUGCAAAACGAAAAAACCACUGUCCCACUCGAAACCAAGCUCGAGCUGCUCUCGCGCCUGAGCAAGACCGGGCUACGGCACAUCGAAGCGGGCAGUUUCGUCUCUCCCAAAUGGGUACCGCAGAUGGCGAACACGUCCGCGAUCCUGUCGCACCUCGAGGCCACGAAGGACGCGGAGCCGCGGCACCACGACAUCACGUACUCGUACCUCGUCCCGAACGAGAAGGGCCUCGCCGGCUUCCUGCACGAAAAGCCCACGCCCGGCACCGGCAACGAGAUCGCCGUGUUCGCGUCUGCGUCCGAGGGCUUCUCGCAGAAGAACCUCAACUGCUCCAUCGCCGAGUCGCUGCAGCGCUUCGUCCCCGUCGUUGAAAAGGCGCUGAAGAGCGGCUUCCGCGUGCGCGGCUACGUCAGCAUGGUCAUUGCGUGUCCGUACUCCGGUCAUACGCCGCCAGAGGCCGUCGCCGGCGUCACCCAGAAGCUGCUGGAUAUGGGCUGCUAUGAGGUCUCGCUCGGCGAUACGAAUGGCGUCGGCACCCCUGGCACCGUCGCGAAGCUGCUGCGCUGUCUGAUCAAUGAGAGGUGCAUUCCCGCCGAGAAGCUGGCCGCACACUUCCAUGAUACCUACGGCCAGGCGAUCGUCAAUUCGCUGGUCGCCCUCGAGCACGGCAUCAGGACGUUCGAUUCUAGUGUGGGCGGGCUGGGUGGUUGUCCGUAUGCUGCGGGCGCCACCGGAAACGUCGCAACUGAGGACCUGGUGUACUUCUUGGAGGGCACGGGCGUGCACACCGGCGUGGACCUGGAGCAGCUGGCGAGCGUCGGCGAGUGGGUGAGCAAAGUGCUGGGAAGGCGCAAUGGAAGUAGAGUCGGCAGGGCACUGGCGGGCAAGAGGAGUGUGAUGUAGGCUUGUGGUGCUGGUGUGAUAUCCUUUGCAUUCGUUCACUUUCAUUUAUCUUCUGGGCGCUAGAUGGAGUUGGUGUAGAGUUCCUCGGUUCGGAGCUGCGAUCAUUAUGUACGGUCUUUAUGCAUAGCAAUAUAUUGGUUUGAAUUCGGACAUUAUCGUGGACCAUCCAAGUACGUGACCGUAAACAAACCACUGGUCCAGCCGCAUGUUGCACUUCUGGCGCUCAGUAGCAGCCGCGGGC